AUGAACAAUACACUCCAAGAAGAACAGCAGCAACAACAGGAACAAAUAGAAAUUUUACCCAUCACAGUACCGAGAGUCGGAGAAGGAAUUUCCACUCUCCAAAUCACCAAGUGGCAUAAACAAAUUGGUGAUUUGGUUGAUUAUGGAGAUGCUUUGGUGGAGAUGAAGGCAUCCCAAUUGUCGAUUGAUAUUUAUGCAGAAAGGAGAGGAAUAAUGAAGGAGCAUUUAAUGAGAGAGGGAGAGUAUGCACAUGUUGGAGAUGUAGUUUCGUACUUGCAAGUGGAAAGGAUGAAUAGUGAAGAAGUGAAAAAGGAUAUUGAAGGAAUCAUGACAAAAACUGAUAUGACUGCGAAGAAGAAAAUAGAUUCGAGGGAUUUAAUAAUUGCAAUUAUAGUUUUAAUAGGUUUCUUUUUCGAUGAUUUUUUAAAAUUGGUCAUGAAUUGCUUUGAUUAUCUUUUCAAUGAGAAUUAAGGAGGUUAUUAUUCCAACUAUAAUUGUUUUCCAAGAGGAAUAUAGUCGAUUUUGGAAUUAUUAAGGAUCCAAUCUGGUCUGUUAAUAAACAAAUUAAAUCUUACGGAGUUUAUUAACACAGGGACAAACUCUUCUUCUAUGUUCCGAAUUUUGACAUCUGAAUCUACUAUUUCUCGUGCCUAGCGUACAAUAAUUUUCAUCAAAUAAAGGUGAUGAAGAAUCCAAUACAGGAUUUCUUUCAUAGGUACAUUUACAAUUUGGAGAGAAUUUCUUAAUUUCCUCACAUCGAUUAAUGUAAGGGAAGAAUCUACCAUCACAAAUAGCACCUCUCUUCUCACAACAAGUUGCACAACUUUCACCCUUUUCACAUGCAACACUUUCAACAUUCUUCAAUUCGUAGAGUGAGAAUUUGUGAGAUGGUGGGGUGGAAGGAAGCGUCAGAGUAUCAUGAGUAAAGGCAUAUUCAGGAUCAUCCUGAGUGGCUCUACCAGCCAUAGCGGAAAUAGGAAUCGGAUUUGUAUCAUUGCAAGGGAAGAAUAAAGAAUUUGGACAUUGUUCCGAAUGGAACAAGACGUAUAAUUGUGAUUGUGUUUGUGGUUCGAAACAAUGAGGGAAAUCUACAUUAUUUCUCUCAAUAUUUCUCUCGUUACCCACUGAAGACAUGACACCAAUAUGUUUCAUUAAUUGGUAUCUGUAAAGAUAGAAUAAUCUAUCCUUGAAAUAUUCCUUUCCAUAAUCGUGGAAUCUAUGGAAAAAUUCCUCCAAAAGCCAAUCGAUAGGUAUAUUGGUAUAUUGUUGCAAUUCCAUGAAAUGAAUCAGUGCAUUGAAAUCCUUUCUUUGAAUCAUUACUCCAUUCAUACCAAAAGAAAAACGUAUUCCUGCCCAAUCUCUUCCUUCUAUUUCCAGUUGUGUUGCCUUCUCGAAAAUUAAUGAAAGGUGAGAGAUUGCUCCAGGACACAUUAUAAAAUCAUCCUCCAUAAUAACCACAGGAACAUUUGAUCUUGUCUUCAUAUUUUCAUGAAACAAUCUAAUCAUAUCAUAAAAAUCGUUUGAUUGUAACCUCUUCCUUUCCGACAAGUCGGAAUUCAUAAACAUAUUAUAACUAUAUCGUUUGUGAAUUAAAUAGGUUUGUGACUCGUGUGUAUUUUGUCUCACAGUUCGUUCCACUUCUUCUCUAAAAGGUUCUCCUUUUGAAUUUAGCACCACAAUACAAGGGAAGAAUAGCCUUUGUUUUACUCUAGCUAGGGAAUCGACUGUCUUUCCGAGAUAAUAGAAUUUAUCACCCUCUAUUGGUGGUCUUGGUGCAGUCAGAAUUAAAAACACAACUUGGCAUCUAUCAUCCAAAAUAUGCUCUAUUUUGUAAUUGUUUUCAUCCACUUCAAAAAGCAGAUUUGUAGCAGGUGAUAUUAUUGGUUUUAAUCUAGGUUUAAUCAACACUAUUUUCAAUAUAAUAAUAAAAGCAAAUAAAAACAGUAUUUGUGAAGCAACUAGGAGUAGCAGAGAUUUAGUCUUGGUAAAAGUUCGAAAUAAAGGUAAAUACCUCUGCUUUAAAUCAUAUAUAAAUGUAUUUAUCAUCUUUUAAAUUGUGUUAUUAAAUUAUAUUAUUAAUGAUGAUGGAAAUAUAAAUUAAAAUAGGUUGCUGAUAAUAUUGGGCGAUGAUACAGCAAAAUGUAUAUGCUCGGAUUAUAUUUCCUCUGUAAAUUGUUCAGAGAGAGAAAUAUUAAAUCAAGAACUUCCUGAUGUUAAAGAUGAUAACACUCAAAUCUUAAGAAGAAUGAUGAUGAACCCAAAAAUCCACACUAUCCAGAUAUUGUUAAAUAUAUCAAAAUUAUCCUCUCCGGUAGUAGAAGAAUCGACGAAUGAGAGAGAGAAUAUGUUCUUUAC